UAGACUUCAAGGCUGGGAACUGGUUUUAGUUCUUUCCUGAUUUCUACGAAGCGGUAGACUGUAGAACAGAGGAAUGGGAGAGUCUCUGCAAAUUCGACGGUUCGAAUUAAUGCCAUCGGCCGAAGAAUUCGCUUCUCGGAUUGAAGCUAAGAAUGUUCCUGCUGUGUUCAGUGGAUGCGUAAAGGACUGGAAAGCGUUUUCUAAAUGGAAUGUGUUGAAUGGAGGCCUUGACUACUUGCAGGAAUUGGUAGGCUCAUCACUUGUGGAGGCAAUGCUAUCUAGAUCUGCACCUGUAUUUUAUGGAGAUAUAAGAAGUCAUGAGAGGGUUUCAUUGCCAUUUUCUACCUUUAUUGGAUACUGCAAGGAUCUGUUAAGAAAUGGAGAUGAUGGGCAAGAUUCCUUUUCUCAAUUAAGGAAGCAAGAGCCUCUGGACCUUGUUACUCAAAAUGGUGAUUCCAUCAAUGUAGAAGAACAUCUGCACCAAAUCUAUCUAGCGCAGGUACCCAUUGUGAAUGCUGAGAAUGAGGAAAAGGUUCUGUUGGAGUACCUAAGAGAAGACAUUGAAACUCCUGCCUUUCUGGAAGGCAAAAUACUGGCUUCUGUCAAUCUAUGGAUGAAUAAUGCUAGGAGUAGAUCUAGUACUCACUAUGAUCCGCACCACAAUCUUUUAUGCAUAAUUUCUGGAUGUAAACAAGUUGUUUUAUGGCCUCCGUCUGCAUGCCCCUACUUGUAUCCAUUGCCGUUAUAUGGAGAGGCCUCAAACCACAGUGCCAUUCCUUUGGAGAACCCCAAUUUUGAUCUCUAUCCAAGGGCAAAGUCUAUAGAUGAGUACUCCCAGAAGGUUACUCUUCAUGCUGGUGAUGCUCUUUUCAUCCCUGAAGGAUGGUUCCACCAAGUGGAUAGUGGAGAUUUAACUAUAGCUGUAAACUUCUGGUGGCGAUCGGAUAUGAUGUCUCACAUGUUAGAACACAUGGAUGCCUACUAUCUACGUAGAAUAUUGAAAAGGUUGACGGACAAAGAAAUGGAUCGAAUGCUUUGUAUGCCUGCAAGCCCUGUGGAUCAUAAAGUCAUGGAUGCAGGUGCCCAAUCUAGUAAUAGGAAUGCAGGUUACAGUGGCCAAGAUUUGGACCUAAAUCAUCAGACUGUCAGUGUGAAAGGAAAUCUGGAGCAAGGCUUUUCAUUGCAUGAACUGGAACCAGAUGCGCUCAGAUCUCUUCAUGAACUUGUUUCGUUAGUCCAUGACCGUGUCAACUGGAGCCAACCAGUAGGCAACAUCUCAAAGGAUCAGCCUGUCGGUGGAGAGCAAUGUGAAGUCAAGGAACUAAUCAACACAGAUUUGUUUAAUUUGGAAGAAGAUACAAUUGCUAAAAUUCUUUGGGGCCUUGAAUCACAUGCUUUUCGAAGCGUCUUUCUUGCAAUGGCACACAAUUUUCCUAGGACACUGGAGGCGUUUUUAUUGCAUGCUCUCUCCCCCGUAGGUGUCGAAGUCCUUACCAGGAAAUUUGAGCAGAUGGACCAAAUGAUUUCGGCAGAAGACCGGAGUCAAUUUUACCAAAAAUUUUAUAGUGUGUUUGAUAAUCAGUUCGCUGCCAUGGAUGCUCUUCUGAAGCAUUCAACAAUGUGCUGGUUCAGUAUUUGGGAAUUAGCCGAAACUAUCAGUGGAAUAGGGAUCAAUGACUAAUAAUGCUGACAUUGAAGGUUGUUACAGCCCUCGAGCUCGUGAACUACUUCAAGUGAGGUCAAGAGUUUUGGUUUUGGUUUCAGAUUAAUACAUGUGAGUCAUUUGCUGCAACUUAUAUUUUGAGUUAUGUAAAUUGCUAAAAACUUUUGCUGGUUUUUGCCUCUUGAAAUUUAGUGCGGCUGAAACCAAUGUAAUGAAUGCUAAUGUAAUUUACAUUUGAAUUUGGUAGUUGCAUAUUGUAGAACUGAUUGAUAUACGUUAUGCAAGAAGCGGUCACAUAUAAGCAUGCAGGGUUAAGCAUUAAACUUUUUUGUGUUCGUCAAGUGACCUUCAAAUUGUUUGUCAUCUAAUUCAUGAUAUUUCCUAGGGGACAUAAAAUUUAAGUGGACUCGAGUGAAAGCUAUUAUGUUGAAAUAAAAGAUAUACUUAAAGUUUAAUAGACUACGUGUAAUGUG